GUUGGCUGUAGUGCGCGUCUGUUUGGAGCUGUGUGACAUGGGAUUGUUUGGGAAGCCCUGCACUGAGCGACCAUGUGGGCGUGUUUCUCUCGGCCCAACAGUCUCCGCUCUUGUUUGGAGUCCAGAGCGCAAAACGCACUUCUUCUGGUGCAACCGGAGUGCGCAAAAGUAGCAGUUCUCCGACCCUGACGCGCACACCAUCUCCGGCUCCGGCGGCCCCCACGAAUCCAACUGCUCUGAGCGGGAAUUUAAGAGUUUUUCCUCAACAUCUCCCGGUGACUCCCAGCCAUGGACGCAUAUCGACUCGUUACGCUUUAUCUGUGCCUGCUCCUUGUUUUCCUUGGGAAUAUACCGUGUUUCCAGUCUGCUGCUAUCAUCUCUCCCUCUGCACCCAGGAGGAACAGGGGAGCCCGGAUCUCUCAUCGGGACGGACAAAGGUCAUCCAAAACCCUAAAAGACAUCUUCACGUCCACGCACCCCAUCGUGGGACACCACAAAGAAGACCCAAAGGACUCUAUUGUGCCGCAUGAAUACAUGCUCUCCAUAUACAGGACAUACUCGGCUGCAGAGAAGCUCGGACUUAACGCAAGCUUUUUCCUCUCCUCUAAAUCUGCCAACACCAUAACAAGUUUUGUGGACAGAGGAACAGACGAUCUUUUGCACUCUCCUCUGCGAAGACAAAAGUAUCUGUUUGAUGUCUCAACCCUUUCAGACAAAGAGGAGCUGGUCGGGGCGGAAUUAAGGAUAUUCCGGAGAGGGCCCGGGGACCUGCAGACUUCCCUGCAGACGGCGGGCCUCUACGACAUCCAGCUGUACCCCUGCCGCUCGGACAGGCUGCUGGACUCCCGGGCCCUGGACCCAAUGGACUCCACCAAGGCCGGGUGGGAAGUCCUGGACGCGUGGGAUAUGUUCAAAGCGCACCAGCAUCACUACCAUCAGCCGCAUCACCAGGGGGGACAGCUCUGCUUCCAGCUGCGCGUCACGUUGCGCAAAACGGACACCGAGGUGGACCUGAGGCAGCUGGGUCUGGGCAGGCGGGGCCGGCCCCAGCAGGAGAAGGCCAUCCUGGUGGCCUACACGCGCUCCAAGAAGAGGGAGAACCUGUUCAACGAGAUGAAGGAGAAGAUCAAGUCGCGGGGGGAGAUCGAGGAGGAAGUAGUGGAGAAAGGAGCGUCCUUGCUGGGGGUGAAAGGAGACGGGCCCCGGCGGCGGAGGAGGACCGCGCUCAGCAACCGGCACGGGAAGAGGCACGGCAAGAAAUCCAAAUCCCGGUGCAGCAAAAAGGCGCUGCACGUGAAUUUCAAGGAGCUCGGGUGGGACGAUUGGAUCAUCGCGCCUCUGGAUUACGAGGCGUACCACUGCGAGGGGGUGUGCGACUUCCCCCUGAGGUCUCACCUGGAGCCCACCAACCACGCCAUCAUACAGACGCUCAUGAACUCCAUGGACCCCAACAGCACCCCGCCGAGCUGCUGCGUGCCCACCAAACUCAGCCCCAUCAGCAUCCUGUACAUAGACUCGGGCAAUAACGUGGUGUACAAACAGUACGAGGACAUGGUGGUGGAGCAGUGCGGGUGCAGGUAGCGCUCGCUAGAUAAACACUUCAAAAAGAUGGGUCCCAGGUUGAAGAGAAAGUAAAAAGGGAUGCACACAGAGGCGAUAUCUGCUAUUUAUUCAGUACAGUCACAAUCAUUCACUGCCUUAACGUGCCUUGGUUCCCAUCCGCGAGUUAUCAACAGGCUUUUGUUUCCCAGAUACGUGUCCAUAUGGCACACGGGAUGAGUACAAGGCGGGAUGGGAGCCCAUUGACUGUGCACCUGUUCGUGCCGGGGCCAGGGGACAGUGGGCUCCGCGCUUUGUUCGCAGCUCUGCCGUGUGAUCCUGCAUGCCAGGCCGGACUCUUUUGGGUAUGUGCAUCCAGGCCGUAAUUGCCACCGUCCAGCUGGAGUCAUUACAGGCCCCGAGGAAGUGCCUGUUUUCCAAUAAAAGGGUCUACCAAACACACACUCUCACACACACAGACUGGUCCGAGGAGAGGAGAUAAGAUGGUGGUGCCUUCAAGAGAUUUGUUUUGCCUUACACGAGACCAGGAAAAGGACACAGAAUCAGACAUUGUGCCUGUUGUAAAAAAAGUAGAAAGUAAAAAAGCACACAUACUGAGGCGAACUUUUUUGCGCAAAAGUCUGCAUCUUUACGAAAUGCACUUCCACAACUGACUGAGGAUCCGCGGUCAGCGAGAGUUCGUCUGAUAAGGACGGAAUUAUAAGAAAUAAAGACUCAGAACGAGACAAUAUUUAAAUGCACAUUAGCUUUGAAUGCACUGCUGUUCAUUUUUUUUCCUUUUUUGAGCUGUAAAUAUUUUGUACAGUCGAAAACUUUACAAAGUGCAACGAUUGAAGAAAUGAGAACGCGGCAUUUCUUUGUAAAUAUACAAAAUGCACUCAAAUCGGUAUAAUUUCUAUUCUAUUAUUAUUUUAUUAUUUGUGAUGUACAGAGUUCCAUGAUAAUCAUAUAUUUCUUACGUUGAUAAGAGUAAUUUAAGGUGUAUUCGAUAUUUUUUUUUGCAGAGGGUGGAAAAUACCAUUAUUAAUGUCUACCUCAUAAUUACAUAUAGGAUCUGAGUUUUGAGGUGCAUUCAGUUAGAGUGUAAAGAGCUUUUACAAUGAUAUAUAAGAUCAUUUAUAUACAUAUAUUACUGGAUAAUAUUCCACACCAUUACUGUACAAAUAAAAUUCAAAACAAACUCUAACAGUCUGGUAAUUUUGAUGAUUAAUGCUACUUUGCAACCUUGUUAAGCAUUUAUUUUGUAGUGUUCUUUCAACAGUAGGCUAUAUGCCUCUUCCAUAAAAAGCAAACAAAUAAAUACUAAUAUUUGGGGCAUUUAUUUACGAGGGAUUAAGAGGCCAAGAAACUAUGUUUUUAAAAAUAAAUUAACUAAAUAAGAUGAAAAUUGAAUGAAGGUUUGAUAAUUUUAAGCUUAAACCUUUCUACCUCAUUUUCUUUUAAAUUUGUCUUUAAAAAACACUGAUAUUGUAGAGUUCUUAGUUCUGAAACCGAACAUUUCCUUUUAUAACGUUCCCCGGUUCCUCUUAUGAUAAUCAAUCAAUCAAUCAAUGUUUAUUUAUAUAGCCCAAUAUCACAAAUGUUACAUUUGUCUCAGUGGACUUUACAGUUUGUACAAAAUAUCAGUAUGACAAUACGACACCCUCUGUCCUUAGACCCUCACAUCGUACAAGGAAAAACUUCCGAAGAAAACCCACAGUUUAAAGGGAAAAAUAAUCUAUAACACCAUUAACAAGCCAUUGUUUUUGGAGCAGUUUAAGACUACACUUAAUGACAUUACACAUUAACUACACUGUAGUGUUUUGAUUUGGGAAGAGAUGUCCAAAUUAACACAUACUUUUGACUUUGCUGGACUAUAGGAACAACAUGUAGACAUUUUGAAAAUUGGCAUAUAGUUGCCCUUUAAGUUUAAAAAAAUAAACCCCAGAAUAAGAGUUGAACAGAGGAGUUUAUAUCUUAGCCCUAAGGUACGCUAGCCAAUCUAUCCCUCCCCUGUGUAAACAGUCUCUCAUCAUAGACAACAAAUGUCAUUAUUCAGUGACUGGCCACCAUAAGCAUAUGGUGACCAAGUGGAAAGAAAUCCACUGACUGACUGUCAUUGAUAUGGCACUGAAUGUACAAACCCCAGCUAUUUCCCAAUGAAUUAGCCUGCCUGGGUCAAGUUUACUUAACACUUUAAUGUUUCCCAAUCUGUGGAUGUGAAAAAAAAAAGUUUGAAAGAAGGGAUUGCUUCCAUAUAGGCUAUCGACCUUGGCCUGGAAACAAUUAGGAAAUUGCUUUGAAAUGUUAUAUGUUGUCCAGGCUCUUGUACAGUAUCAUGUCACUCCCCACAUGUUUGCUAGGGGGAAACAGAGGAUGCUAAGUGCACUCUUUAGCGGUCGCUGCAAAUGACUGACACAACAACCAUUCCCCUGAGUAAUACCAAAUGGCCCUCCAGGCUAUGUGUCUGGAACACCAUCGCCGGGGUGCUACCACCAGCCACGCUAUCCCUGCUGCUCUCAAGUGGAAAUAGUAAACCAUAUUAGGGAUUGCAUUUCUUUUUCUAAAAUAAGAAGGGUUUUCUGUCUUUGGAGGAUAACCACACUAUGCUGGGAUUCUUGAGGUACAACUUAAACUACAGUCAAAACCAAUUGGUCGUUCAAGAAACAAGGAGAAAUAUUCAUAAAUCUAUGGGUUCCAAAGUAUUAUUGGUGGUAUAUUAAGGCCAAAGAAAACCAUUUGUUAACUAACAUUAGAAUGAACAUAACAUAUAAUUCGCUAUAGCUGUGGAUUAAUAUGAAAAGUGUUCUGUCUGCUAUGUACAGCAUCAUGGGAGUCAUAAAUAGCAUUUUAUUCUUUGAAUGAACAAACAUAAUUUGGUACAGAAAGGCCUUUUUUAAAAGUACUUGUAUACUUUUACUUGUAUGUACUUGUACUGACAUGGGUUCUGUUAGCAUACAGUUUUCGCCUUUUGAAUUAUUUCAAUGCAAAACUGGUGUUCUGUUAGUCUGAUUCAAAUGAGACUCCAAUAUAUGAAGUUAUGGGGUCUAAUGGAAGUUACCAUUGAGUUUUGCAUCCAAUACAAAUCUGAGAAUUGCAUCCAUGAAGAAGCACAUAGAGCAUUUACCUGUUUCUGUGAUUGCUAUAGUUUGUACAUUGCAGCUAUUUGGUUUACAGUAAACGUAACUAGUUUUUCCUGUUAACAUAUUUCUUGGGACACAGAACAUAGUAUGGAUGUGUAUUCCCGGUGA